AAGAGGACUAGUCCCCGAUGCCUGGGCGAUGCGGCAUCCGUGCGUCGUGUUCGGAGUCUAGUCCUAAUCGGGCCUUCAUACACAGAGCGACGAUGCGCUGCCACCCAAUCAUCAGCCACGGCGUUAUUGCCUCUUGUUAGGGGAUGUCCCCUUUUAACCGGCUCGUCGGCUUCUUCUCUUUCCUCUGCACCAGUUUCGAAGUCUGCUUUCCUUCAAGGACUCCAAAAUGGACGCUGAACUCGUCAACACCACUCUCAGCUCGCAGGAUCUGCCUCAGGCAGGCUCCGUUGGCAGUGCUCAGCUGAAAGAUGCUUUGCCGGAAUUCUUGCUGGGUUGGCCGACCUGGCAAUAUGUUGUGACCUUCGUCCUGGGUGUGGUGAUUUAUGAUCAAGGUGAUUGACAUGAUCGGGGCAUCAUAAGUAUGCGCUGACACCAUCUAGUUAUGUACCUCAAGCGGAAGGGCUCGAUUGCUGGGCCUAUGUUCAAGAUCCCAUUAAUGGGCCCCUUCAUUCAAGCGCUCCAUCCUAAGUUUGAGGCAUAUUUGGCUCAGUGGG